AGUUCAUUUCUAAUAUUAAUUUUCAUCUUGGCUUGAAACCAACAGUUUCUAUCGUAACCAUAGCUACCAGACUAAUAAAAGAAAACGCGUUUGGCUAAAUAAGUCUAGUGUUGGGCACCAAAGAACGUUGGAUCUUGAAAGGUCGAUUUGGGAAGCUUAAUCCAUUGCUUGGAGCUAGCGAUCAACUUAAAACUUGUGUCAUACGCGCGUGGUAUAAACAGAAAACCUGGACUGCAUUGUUGACUAACUUCACUUUUGGAAAAGCUUUGUUUCAGGUUUAAACCACAGUAAAACGACGGUUAAAGCUUUCGAUCACUCAGUGAGUGGCAAUGAGUGGCAUGGUGGCAGUAAAUAAUUCUUCUAUUGCAGGUGUGGCAAACUUAAAUUCAUUAGUUGUCAACAGUUACUUUCCUGCGAGCGGUGCUGUAUGGAUAACUAUGGCAUAUGUGGUUAUAUUCGUCUUCGGCUUCUUUGGUAACAUCUGUAUCAUUUACAUUGUGGUUUCUCGUAAACAGAUGAGGACUAAAUUCAAUUUCUUAAUUGUAAAUAUGGCAGUUGGAGAUCUACUUGUUUCUCUUUUCGUUAUGCCGUUCGAGGUGAAAUAUCUUUACAUUGGCCUGGCAUGGAUUCCAGGGGCAAUGGGAAAAGUCACGUGCAAGCUUGUUGGGUUCCUGGGGAUCUUGUCAGUCGCUGUCAGCAUCAUAACACUUGUCUUCAUUACAGUGGAUCGUUACUUCGCCAUUCUUCAUCCACUUCGAGAUAUGAGUUUCAUUCGAAACACAAAACUAGUCACUUCUGUGAUAUGGAUCUCGUCUUCCCUGUUUUUCUUGCUGUAUCUCUUGCUUUAUGACGUUGUAAAGAGUGCUGACGGCUUUCAAUGGAAAUGCAGAAUGGUUUGGAAUUUAUUUUCCUCAGACAUAAGUGUCCAGGUUUCUAUCGCCAGAGCCUAUUUCAUGACCAUAUUCUUGAUACUGUAUUUGGUUCCUCUUGUUGUCAUAGCAUGGGUUCAUAUUCUUAUUGGUCGACAUGUUUGUUCACGCCAGAUCCCAGGGGAGCCGACAGCCCAUCAGCGACAUCAAAAUGAACUGUCCAAGCGCAAGGUACUACGCAUGAUCAUCAUCGUGGUGGUGACGUUUGCGCUGUGUUGGUUGCCAGCUCACAUCCAGCAUUUACUGUUUUCCUAUUUUACCAACACUUAUAGAGCUUUGCUCAAAGUUAAACAUCUGGAAUCCAGUUUAUAUUUUCUAGCACACGCCAAUAGUGCCAUAAAUCCUUGUUUGUUUAUUGGUUUAAACCAAAGAUUCAACAAUGAGUUCAGGGGAAUUCUCAGAUGUCUUUUUUGCCGAAAUCCCGUUCCCACGAGAAGAAGCAUUGGCACAGAGCCACCCGUUGUUCUAACUCGCAUACGAAAGACUGUACGUCAAUGUGGUAACACUGUUAUCCCUCUUCGCAAUCAACAGCGUCCACGGUCUCAGAGCUAUAUGUUUUGAAUCUUCAAUUUUUUGCCACGAGUUAGAUAAUACGAUAAAAACCUAUCAAAACCAUUAAGAUUGAUAUUUUAGAAAUUUAACCAUGGCUGAUCUGUUCUCAGUAGUGCUUGUAUUGUUCUAUAAACGAAAGAAAAAGCGUCAUAUCUGAUAAGCCA